ACGGAUCGUUGUGGCGGGAUUUAGAAUUAAGUUGUGAAAAAUGGUGGCGAUCGGAAUAGAUUUAGGCACGACGUUUUCUUGCGCGGCCGUGUGGCGACAUGGAAAUGUAGAAGUGAUAGUGAACGAACAAGGAAAUAAGACGACACCUUCGUAUGUAGCUUUUACAUCGUCAGAACGUUUAAUCGGUGAACCGGCAAAAUACCAAGCUCCGUUUAACCCGUGCAAUACAGUGUUUGGCGCGAAAAGACUUAUUGGAAGGAGAUACGACGAUUUAGGCGUCCAAAUGGAUCUUCGACACUGGCCGUACAAAGUGGCCAACGAAAACGGUAAGCCUGUUAUAACUGUGGAGUAUAAGGAUGAGAAGAAAAAGUUUGCACCAGAAGAAAUAAGUGGAAUGAUUCUUUCGAAGAUGAAGCAGUCAGCUGAGGCUUACCUAGGUUGUGAGGUAGACAGUGCCGUGAUAACUGUUCCAGCGUAUUUCAAUGAUUCCCAGCGCUCGUCUACUAGAGUAGCGGGAACGUUGGCAGGUUUGAAAGUAUUGAGAAUUAUCAACGAACCUACAGCGGCUGCUUUAGCUUAUGGCUUAGAAAAUAACUUAAAAGGAGAGAAAAAUGUAUUGAUCUUUGACUUAGGAGGCGGUACUUUGGACGUUUCAAUACUUACCAUCGCAGAAGGAUCAGUUUUUGAGGUAAAAGCCACUGCUGGAAAUACACGACUGGGUGGAGAAGAUUUUGACAAUAGACUAGUCGCGUAUUUCGCUGAAGAUUUCCGGAAAACAUACAAUAUCGAAAUAAUAGGUUACCCACGGCCAUUGAGGAGAUUGAAGUCCGCAUCGGAAAGAACGAAAAAAUUCCUAACUUCAGCUACGGAAGCGACAGUUGAUGUGGAAUCUCUAUACGACGGCAUUGACUACCAUGGAAAAAUAUCUCGGUCCUUAUUCGAAGAGCUGUGUUCAGAUCUCUUCAGAGACACGCUUGUGCCAGUACAGCAGGCUUUGCAAGACGCAAAAAUGACCAAAGAUCAGAUAAAUGAAAUCAUUCUCGUUGGUGGAAGUACUAGAAUACCAAAGAUUAGGAGCAUGUUAAAGGAAUUUUUCAACAAACCGCUAAAUGCCUCCAUUAAUCCUGAUGAAGCUGUGGCUUAUGGAGCUGCGAUACAGGCAGCUAAACUAAGUGGACAAACUCACGAGAAAAUCCAGGAUAUAUUGCUUCUCGAUGUCGUUCCUUUAUCUUUGGGCGUCGAAGCAGCUCGAGGUCUAAUGUGCAAAGUUGUUGACCGAAACACGCUCAUACCGUGCCGACUGACCAAAGAUUUGACAACUUUGGACGAUAACCAAGUAUCUAUGACUAUUGAAGUAUUUGAGGGUGAAAGAUCUUUGACCAAAGACAACAAUCUACUUGGGGUUUUCGACUUAAAUGGUAUUCCACCAGCACCAAGAGGUAUACCAAAAAUUGACGUCACUUUUGAUAUUGAUGUCAACGGUAUUCUCACUGUAUCGGCUAAAGAUCGUAGCACGGGAAACAGCGAGAAAAUAAUCAUUAGAAAUGAGCACAGACUUACAAAGGAUGAGAUUGCGAAAAUGUUAGAAGACGCUGAAUUUUUCAAGGAAGAAGAUAAAGAACGAAGAAUGUGUCUAGAAGCGAGGAAUCAGCUGGAGAACUACGUUUAUCAAGUUAAGAACACGAUCGCUGAAAAAGGGGACAAAAUGUCGGUUGAAGAGAAAGUUGUGAUGGACACUGAAAUUGAAGAAGCUAUGGAAUGGUUGGAUAAAAACACUGAUUGUCUUCGUGAGGAGUAUGAGAGAAAGAUGACGGAGUUGAUGAAGAGGUGGUCGGACAUUUUGAAGCAGUUCUAUGGUCAUAUUUUGAGACACAAAGCUAAGAGGCAGAGGAGCGAGACCUACCAAGCUACACUUGACCAGGAAUCGACUUCAGUAGACGAACUGCACAAAUAAGUAUGGUAAGGUUGCAAAAGUGACUGUGGUUAUAAUGAGUAAGUAUUUUUGAUCAUUUAUCCCAUUUUUAAUCAUCAUUUUAUUUUUGGAAUUUUAAGUAGUUUAUGUAUUGACAUUUCAGGAGAUUUGAUGGAGCAAUAUAUGUACAAAUGAUUUUUCUUCAGUGUCUUUCAGAACGUCCGUAUUAUUAAUGCAUUUUGGCGCCCUAGAGUUGUUCGAAGGCGGCCAGCACAAACAACAUGCCGCCAUGAUGGUAAUGGCAAUGCUGGG